AUGAUGAACGAGCUGGAUAUGGUGCUGGUAGAGAACACGCAAGAGUCCAGUUACGAAAAGAAGACAAAGAAGUUACGGAAGCGCCAUCGAGAAGAGCUCAGACAGCCAAUUGUGUCUUCUGAUCCGUUGUCCCAUUCUUCCCAGGAUACAGAAGACUCUCAGCCCAGCAGAAAAAAGCAUAAGAAGAAAAAAUCCAGUAUGGAAGCCUCUGACUCCCAGGCAGAUACUUCCUGGGUCAUCUCCGAGACUCAGCUGAGCGAUGAGCCUGAAAUAAACCAUUUUGUGCCCAAGAAGAAGAAGAAGAAGAUGAAACACAUACUUAAACAGGGUGGUGAUGAUGAGUUUUGGAGUCCACUGACUCGAAAAAAAUCCAGAAAACCAUCGCGAAAAGAGGACUUGGGAAAUGGGGGUGGUGUGAAGGACGAUGAGUUUUGGAGCCCACCGACUCGAAAAAAAUCCAGAAAACUGUCCCAGAAUGAGGACUUGGAAAAUGGGGGUGUUGUUGAUGGGAAUAUGUCAUCUCUUAAGAAGAAGAAGAAGAAGAGGAAACGAAGGGAGGAUGUUGAUGUCGCUGAUGGAUCUGCGAAACAGAAGGCUGAGGCCACAAGUUCCCAACGAGAAGAUCAGGUGGACCUCAACGAAACGAUAGACACGCAGAUGGACCUCUUUGCCUCCUCGCCUUUAUCCUUCUCAGGGAGAGCACAACUGGACCUUCUCCAGGGGAAUGGCCAAGAGGGAAGCCAUUCUCCCACUGCUGAGGAUUCCGAUGCUACUCAGAUGGACCUGGAGAUGGAACAGAAGCAACCUCAGUCACCGUCAAAAUUGUCCACCUCAGAAGUUAACACCAAGUUGGGUCGAUCCCAAACGGGUAGGAAACUGCGAUCGUCACGCAAACGGCCCCCUUCCGAAACAAGUUCCAUAGAUGAAGCGAGGGACCUCAGUGUUCUGAAUAAGGAACAACUGGAGGAUGCCCGAAAAGAACUAGAGGAAUUCCUCCCUCGUGCGAAGACUUUGUCGGAUGAGGCGAUCAGGAAACUGGCUAUACGGGAUCUACCCAGGUUUCGGGAAUUUAAGAAAAAAGGGCUGACGGUGAAAUUUGGCGUCUUCUCCCAAGCGGAAAACGACUUAUUGGUAGACAACAUGGCGGCCUUUUUGGAAGUAAGCGGGGUCGAGACGGCGGAAAAGCUCCUGUUCUCGCACCGGUUCCCACAGGAGGAAGCAGAAAUCAAGAGGCUGAAGUGGAAGUAUUCGUUUUGCGAGAGAAUCGCUCAGGGUAUCGCUCGGCCCUGGAGACUGGUGUAUUACCGGGCCAGGAAAAUAUUUGAUCCUCAGAAUUAUAAUGGAUGGUACACAAAGGAAGAGAAGAAGCAGCUUUUUAAGUAUCACGCCAUGUAUGGAAACAGAUGGAAAAAAAUCUCGGGGCUCAUGAACCGAAGCAGUCACUCGAUCGCCUUGAAAUAUAACGCGAUGGUAGAGGUCUUCAACUCCGGCCCUUGGACUCAAGAAGAGACUGGGAGACUGCUUGAAGCGCUCAGAGAUAUCCUGAGAACGAAAGUGAGCGGGCUGGAUUCGGCCUUGGAGAGCAGGGACGACGAGGGGGCGCUCACCCUUCUACGCGAAAAUCUCUACAAGAACAUCGGCUGGGUGAAAGUGGCAGCCAAGGUGGAGACCCGCAACCGGAAUCAGUGUAAAAAGAAAUGGAUGUCGAUCCUAACGAAGAAAAUGACGGGGAAAUCGCGGUUCAGCGGCUUGAACAACUUGGAGUUUAAGAUCAAUCUGAUUGAAAGAUUGUACGAACUGAACGUUGCUGACACCAGUGAAGUCGACUGGGAAGAGAUCGCCGGCGCUAUUGGGAACGCUCCUCCAGAAUACGUCCAAAGGAGAUAUAACCUACUCAAGUCAUCACAUGUUCCUUUCUGGUACGAGAAGACUUUCCCAGAAAUUAUUGACUACCUGUUUGAAGAGACGCUGCCCGACCUGAAGAAGAACAGGAAGAGGAUGAUCCGAAGACGGAGGAACCCGCAGGAGGAAAAGAUCUGUAAAACCUCCUUCCGGUUCAAUGACAUUUUCCAGGAUCUGCUGGAGGGUGAAGAGUUAACUUCAGAGGAUGACAACGAUGAAGUGACUGGAGAAACAAGUCAGGCCGAUGGCUGA